CUCAGCGCAGCCACCCUCAUCCCUACACGUACACGGUACCCAUCUCUUUCACCCUCUGUGGCUAGAAACAGAGAAGCGUGUGUUCCGAGACUGUAUACUCUUCUACUUCACACGCAACAUUAGCCCCCAAAGCCUCUAGACGAGCGACGCGACCAGGCACUGCUGAACGAACGCGACAUAGCCAAGCACAACUAUCGCAUCCUAACCGUCAAAUCCUCACACUAUGGCGCCCUUGACAGCCGCUUCAGACGAAAAGACGCACCAAACGCUCCUGGACAAGCUCGACAUUUAUGCAGUCUCCAAGCCCUUCCGGAAUCCCAACUGGAAGCCACCACAGCGCCGCAACAAGAACCUCAAGCAGAUCCUCGGCGAAGCUUCACGGAAAGAGGCGUCGGUAAUGGCCACACAGAACAACAGUGGCAUUUCAACCCCUGCUGCCGCCAGUGAAGGCACCAAUGCAGCUGGAAACGCUGGUCGACAGCCCAACAUUGCACAGGCGGCUCAAAGCUUGAGUACGCUGGUACUGGAGAAGAAUGGCAGAGCAGCUGCGGGAGGGAACGCAGCCGGCCCUGCACCCACGUACACAAACAUCGAGUCUGCACCGAGCUUCCACCCAAGCAGCCAGAAAAAGUACUGCGACAUUACCGGCCUUCCUGCACCAUAUACGGAUCCCAAGACGCGUCUAAGAUACCACAACAAGGAAGUGUUUGGCAGCAUCAGGACAAUGCCGCAGAACGUAUCUGAAGGCUAUCUCGCGGCAAGAGGCGCACAUACUGUCCUGAAAUGAGGGCUGGAUAUAGUGAUGCGACAGUUACUGCA